ACGGGGCGAGGUUCCGCAGUCCCAGCUUUGAGCUAAAGAGAGCGCUGAGUCUUCUCGGACCUGUUCUGGGCGGCGGAGGGGAGGAGGGAGAGGAAGCAACGAGACGUGUCCCCACUGCCACCUAUCUCCCCCGCGGAGGGAUAUUUGUAUGUGUGUGUAUGUGUGCCUUUUUCUCCCCGCACCAAAAUAUUGAGAGUUAAGAGGCAGCUCCUCUGUGUAAUUGAGCUCAGAAGAGAGCAGUGCCAGUCUGAGGCUCUGCUACUGCUGCUGCUGCUGCUCCUGCUCGUGGGCAACCGCCUCACUGCGGCGCUGGAUUGAAUUCAGAGUCACACGGCAGCUUCCAAGAGGAGUGGAUUUUAUACAUUCGUCGCAAGUCUCCAGCAUUGCUUGUGUGGGUUCCUUUUAAAUACUGAUCAGAAAAAACCUAUACUAGCGAAGUGAAGAAGAAACGAAAGACCAUUGUAAUUUUUUUUUAAAAAACAAAACAUUAAGGACACGGUUUAAUUUCAUCUGGGAUUCUGCCUUUGCUGCUUAUUUUCGGAAGUCAGUUUCUACUUUUGAAAAUAAAUCAAUUCAUCUAAAGUGCUGGUGUCCAAAAACGAUCGGCGAGAUCUAGACAGUUGCUUACAAGCUUAUCUCCUUCUCGGGAGCCCGCUUUGCUGGCCUUUCAACUGUGCUCAUCAGCAGUUUUUUUAUUAUUGUUAUUAUUCUGGUUAACUGACUAAGCCAAGAGGAGUCGGCUCUGAUUGAAGGAUUUUCUCGUGGUUGCUGCUGCUUGGAAGAUGUUACUCUCCAAGUUUGGCUCACUGGCUCACCUUUGCAGCCCAACCAGUAUGGAUCACUUGCCAGUGAAGAUCCUCCAGCCAGUGAAAGUGGAGAAGGAGCCGUUCGAUAAAAUCUAUCAAGUGGGCUCUGUGCUCGGCAGCGGGGGAUUUGGCACAGUCUAUGCCGGGAACAGGAUCGCAGAUGGCUUGCCGGUUGCCGUGAAGCAUGUGGUGAAGGAGAGGGUGACCGAGUGGGGCACAAUUGGCGGAGUAAUGGUGCCCUUGGAGAUAGUCCUGUUGAAGAAAGUGGGCUCUGGCUUCCGAGGUGUGAUCAAGCUGCUGGACUGGUAUGAGCGACCUGACGGCUACCUGAUUAUCAUGGAGCGGCCAGACUUGGUGAAAGAUCUCUUCGACUUCAUCACUGAGAAGGGAGCCCUAGAUGAGGAGACAGCGCGGGGCUUUUUCCGCCAAGUCCUGGAGGCAGUGCGCCAUUGCUACAACUGCGGGGUGGUGCACAGGGACAUCAAAGAUGAGAACCUCCUGGUGGACCUCAGGACAGGAGAGCUAAAGCUGAUAGAUUUCGGGUCUGGAGCCAUCCUCAAGGACACAGUCUACACUGAUUUUGAUGGAACACGAGUAUACAGUCCUCCAGAAUGGAUUCGCUAUCACAGAUACCAUGGAAGAUCAGCAACUGUGUGGUCAUUGGGAGUCCUCCUGUAUGACAUGGUCUGUGGAGAUAUACCUUUUGAACAAGAUGAAGAGAUCUUGAGGGGACGGUUAUACUUCAGAAGAAGAAUUUCACCUGAAUGCCAACAACUGAUCAAAUGGUGCCUUUCCCUGAGGCCUUCAGACAGACCAACACUUGAGCAAAUUUUCGACCAUCCAUGGAUGCACAAAUCAGAAGUUGAGAAAUCAGAAGACUGUGACAUAAGGCUACGGACCAUUGACACUGAUGUGUCUAGCACAAGUUCAAGCAACGAGAGUCUGUGAAAUACUGAGGACCUUGCAAUGGGAGGGGAGCUACAAGCAGAAAUAAAGACCACAGUGCUGCUGCUGCUGCCAAUAUGUAGGAGGGGCUAGAAAAAAAAACCGCAUUCAUUAUUCUGUAGUCUGAAUCUUUGUCUGAGGGACUUGAUUUUUAGUUUCCCCUAUUUUUCUGGUUUCUGCUUUGGAAUGAGAGAUAUUUCCUUUGGAAACGCUGAUGUUUGGGAGUUUGCAGACCAGUACUUAGUCAAAAGACUGACCUUUUUAUUAAGAAAAGCAGUGACCUCUUUAAAUAUCAUGGUAAACCUUUUUGCUCUCAUAGAGCCUGGACUAGAUUUUAUUUGCUUUUUGAGUGCCUUUUUGAAAGCUGCUUCAGUGGGACUUUCUUUUUUGAGCUGUGUAUGUCCAAAGAAGAUCCAGUACAUUAUAGGGUCUUGUUCCCUGUAGACACUAAGGGUGCUGGAGGGAAGCAGCUCCUAUGAUGCACUGGAGAACAUGUUCAGUGAUUGAAUGAAGUAGUCCCAUCCACUGGUGAUGGAAUACUUGAACACAGACAUUUCACUCCUUCCUGGUUCCUUCCCAGCCCUCCUUCCACUCUGCCCCCAAGACCACCUCUGCUACUCUACACUAUAUUUCAAAUAGGCUGCACAGGUUAUCAGCUGUUUAUCAGGAACACUCACUCAUAUUUCCUUUCAUCAUCUCUACCACUGGGCACAAAAAAGGCCCUUUCUCAACUCCCCCCAACCUGCAAGUCUUAAAAGUAUGUAUGGGCAUGUUAAAUGCACAAUCAAUGCAAUAUUCAAGGACUUUGUGUGUGUUUUUUCCAUACCUGUAUAUGUGUUUAUGUAAAUUUCUGUUUUUCCCAUGUAUUAUACAGUUUUAUUUAUUGUCUGGAGUUUAGAAGACCUCUCACAGUAUCAUCUGUGGCUAUUUAUUUUGGCUAAUUUAUUUGAGUAGAAUUCUUCAACACUGUGCUUCUCUCUUCCUCUCUCUCACUCCUGUUAUGGGACUUCUUAUGGUUGGCCCACAACUUGUUUUUGCAUUCCUAUUUGUCUCGCUCUCUCCUUUUUCUUCUUUUGGCUUUGUUUUAAAAAGGAAAAAAAAGUCUGACCAUACCUGUUUUUUUCACUUUUGGUUGGAAGAUGGAAAAUUGUUGUACAAAGUCUAAUUUAAGGGAACUAGAAUGACUUUAAAAGUUAGUCAGUAUGCCUUUUGUCUGGUGUUAUUUACAUACCAGAACUGUAAAGUAAUGCUGUUUGGAAAGGUUUUAAAUUAUUGACAUUGUACAGUCUUUGUGCAUUGGCUCUGGAAGGAAGAGUGGCAGAGUCAUAAACUUUAAUUUAUUUUAAUAGCUGUGUGUUCUGUGAUCUGGUUGCAUUUAUGCAGCUUGGAUUUGGAUUUUUUUCCCCUCUGUUUAACAGUGUGAAAUGUAUGGAGAACAUAUUUUUUUAUACAGGUAUUUCAAUUAAACCUUUUUGUAGAUAA